AUGUGUGUAUCGAUCUGCAUUGGAGAAGGUCUCCCUCCCCCACCAGCCUGGAGCCGACGACUCCACGCCCCCAGUAAGCCGGUUAAACCAUGUCGUGGGAGGAGUUUGAAAACGAGGCUGUCAUGUCUGUUACAUUCCGACCUCCUCACCACAUGCAUAGCAAUUGAUGAGAUCGCGUUCCCCUCCAGAGCGGAGGUGUUGACAGUUGAGGAGACAACGCCGUUCUCUUCAAUUGUGAGAGCGUCGGUGAAGAUGAAGUUGACUAUGAGAAGGAGGGAAGUUGUGGUGAGGAAAAGAUGGUUUGUUAAUGAACAGGAGGGGUUCGCCGUGGUCCACUUGAGGAGUAUAAUUGAUAAGGUUGGAGUUGACUCACGCACACCGCAGAUGAAUCUGGAGGAUGUUAUUAUUUUGCUGCUACCAAUGAGUGAAAAUGUGACAUUCAUGACGAGAGUUAUGGAGUUUGAUCCGGAUACAAAUUUGAUUGGUUUCAAGUUGUUGGAGAUGACCACCGCACGAUUUGGUCUGAGACAAUUGGAUGAUUUCGAGGCAAUGUUGUCGUCGCCGGAGACAGUUAAAGGGCUAGAGCCUUUGCCGAAGCCUCUGUGA